AUGGCAUCAAUAACCAUAAAGAAAGCUUGCAUUAAAUGUAAUAAAGGUGGAGGAACUGCUAUGUGUUACGGAUGUGAACAAGCUUUUUGUACAAAACAUUUUAUUGAACAUCGACAGGAACUUUCGCAACAAAUGGAUACUAUUGGUCAAGAACACGAUAUUUUAUGUAGAGAUUUAACACAUGAGCAAUAUACACAUCCUCUUUUAGAGCAUAUCGAUCAAUGGGAACAAGAAUCCAUAAUAAAAAUUCAAACAGCAGCUAAACUAGCACGUAAUAAUCUACAACAACUACUUGAUACAGCUAAAAAUAAUCUCAAGACAUUAAUUAGUAAGAUAACAGAAGAACUUCAAUCCAGUCAAGAAUCAGAUGAUUAUACGGAACAAGAUAUCAAGAAAUGGACUGCUCAGUUACAAGAAUUUCGUAAGAUACUCAAUACUCCAACGACUAUUAAUGUUGACUAUGAAAAUGACAUUCAAUCAGUUAUUCGUUUAAUUAAAAUAACCGACCAACAAUCAUCCGGUUUUUUCUGUCAAGCAUCACAAUUAUAUGAAACUAACAAUCCAAUUUAUCGUCACUUGAAAACAUUAUUUUGUGAACGAUUCAAUGAUAUUUUCGGGAAAGUUGUAUUAUCGGAAGGAGGUCUUUUAGCAACAUGUUUAGGCGAUUAUUCAGACAGAUCUUGUGUUGGUUGCAUUGGUCGAUAUUCAUCCGGAAUACAUUAUAUUCGUUUUCGAUUCGAGCAUAUCAAUACGGAUCAUUAUUCAUUUUUUGGUAUUGUUAAUUCAUCGGAAAAAAUGACAAAAGAUAUAUUGAAUUCAACUUCAUUCUAUGGUUGGUGGGAUCUUAUCUAUAAUGUUAUAAGUGGUAAAAAACACAAAUAUGACUCAACAAAAAUUAUUCGAACAGGAGAUGAAGUAACAUUCAUGCUAGAUUGUGAUAAUCGACAAAUUCAAUUGGAACAUCAUCGAACAAAUAGAAUUCUUAAUUUAGCUAUUAACAUUCAACUAUGUGCAUUUCCUUGGAAAAUUAUCGUUUUAUUACUUGGCAAAGAUGAUUAUUUUGAAAGUGAACAUAAUUUUGAUGAUGAUGAUGGUGAUGGUGAUGAAAGUGAAGAGGAAGAAUUUUCUAAUCGUCUGAUGACGAAUGAAUCAACAGAAGCUCAAGAUGAACCUGACAACGCUGACGACACUAAUAUUCAAAACAUACAACAGUAUUACCAUCUGUUAGCUCUCAUUAAUUCUACAUUAGAAAAGUAUCAACGUGAUGGUGAAAUAUUUGGUUCCAUUGUUGUAAGUAAACUUCUUUUUUUUUUAUUUGAAUUCUUUGUUUCAUAUGUUAAGGAAUACAAUGGCCAAACUUUAUUGGAUAUUCAUGAUGCUGGUGAUUGCGGUCGUUUUGCUCGUACAGUUCUUAAAAAUUUGUUCACUCCAGCUGAAAUGAGCCGAUCAGUUUUAUAUUCUAAUUCAGUUUAUGCUAAGCCAAGUCUUGAUCCAAUUCAUUUUGAAAGUGAACAUAAUUUUGACGAUGAUGAUGGUGAUGAAAGUGAAGAGGAAGAACUUUCUAAUCGUCUGAUGACUGAUGAAUCAACAGAAGCUCAAGAUGAACCUGACAACGGUGACGACACUAAUAUUCAAAACAUACAACAGCAUUAUCAUCGACAAAACAAUAAUAAACCAAUGAUUGUUGAUAAUAAGUCUAAAGUAAAAGCUAAAGAAAAAAUGGUACAUCAGCAGAGGAAUUUUCAAUCAGAAUUUAAUCAAUUACGUACAGAAAAGUUUCAACGUGAUGGUGAAAUAUUUGAUUCCAUUGUUGAAUACAAUGGCCAAAAUUUAUUGGAUAUUCAUGAUGCUGGUGAUUGCGGUCGAUUUGCUCGUACAGUUCUUAAAAAUUUGUUCACUUCAGCUGAAAUGAGUCGAUCAAUUUUAUAUUCUUAUUCAAUUUAUACUAAGCCAGGUCUUGAUCCAGUUCGUAUGAAAAGUUUAAAUGUAAAUGCAAUACGAGCUCGAUUUCGCAUCAGUGAAUCAUACUGGAAUGAAUUUUUUAAAUGUUGUCUUCAACGAACAUUAACUCAAUUUUUGUGUGAUGUGCGACGCAAAUACGAACGUGAACAACAACAAACGCAUCAAGUUCAACAGCAAGAAAAUGAUUCAUCAGAAAAUGACUAUUAA